AUGCCUCCUAAGAAGUGGGAUGACGAGGAGAGCGACGACAGUUCCUCCUCCUCCGCCCCUGUCGUUGGUGCCGCUGCCAUUGCUGCUCGCCGCAAGUUCGACGAUGAAGAGGACGACGGAGAUGUCCUAGAUUCUUGGGAUGCCGAUGACUCCGAGGCCGAGCGUGAGAAGGAGCAAAAGGCCGCCGAGGCCAAGAAGAAGGCUGCCGCCGCCGCCGCUGCUGCUAAGAAGCCCAAGGGUCAGCGAAUUGCCGAACAUCAAGCUGAGCGCGCUCAGCAGAAGGCUGAAGCUGAGGAAUCUGAUGGAUACGAGGAGACCGAGAGCGAGAAACGUGAGCGACUCCGACGUACCGAGCAGGAGGCCGACCUCGCACACGCUGCCGACAUGUUUGGGGAUAUUGGAAUCAGUGCUGGCCGUGCCAAGGCUCGUCCCGCUACCGUCGUCACCGACCCCAACGAUCCUACCAAGACCGUUGACAUCUCCAAGAUGCCUCUCUUCCAGCCAAAGACCAAGCUCCAGUUCGAGACCCUCCGUACGAGCAUCGCCCCUCUCAUCGUGGCCAACGCAAAGAGCGCCCACUACUCUCUGUUUCUCCAAGACUUCACCAAGGCCCUUGCUAAGGAAAUGAACAGCGAGCAGAUCAAGAAACUCGCCAGCAGCAUGACUGCCCUAGGCAAUGAAAAGAUGAGGGAGGAGAAGGCUGCCGACAAGGGCGGCAAGAAGUCAAAGGCUGCCAAGACGAAGACUUCCCUCGUCACCGGCCGUGCUAACGUCGCGGAUACUGCCACCUACGACGAUAACGAUGACUUUGGAGAUAACACACGAAGGAGACCUAUCGCCUCUGGGCUCCGACCCGCCGCUUCCAGCCUUGACUUGUACACUCCUGCCCCCGUCCAACUGUUUGCCAACUCGGCAUGCCGUCGACGCAAAGACGAUAACCAAGUCCCGCGGCGUCGCCUCGAAACCCUCUCGGUUACUCGAGCAGGACAGAAACAGGAGUAUGGCGGCGGUGCUCCGCGAGGGAAAGGCAGCAUGCAUGUAACGGUGGUCAAUGCCCAAAAGAUUGAAAAGUAUCAGGGGUCACAUACGGGAAACAUGGUGGCGAAAUGCGCUCAUGGAGGCAACUUUUUAUGCUCUUGGUAUAUUAGAUUUCCGCAGAAGGGCUUAAUGUUAGUAGACAGGUAG